AAAUAGUAAUCCACCGAUUUGUGAGAACCGAAAAAUCUCAGACCAAAGUCACGACCCUAGCCGCCUCCACCAGCGUAGAUCCCCCUACCCUGCCCACGCAGGCGAUUCUCGACGACCUCAACACCGGCUAGGGUUCACCCGCUGCCUCAUCACUGGACCGUCGCUCCGUUCCAUACUCGGGUAUUGCCAGAUCAAUUGAGAUGGGUUCGCGGCAAGAUUUUGCGUUCGGAUGGGAGCCGUGGACGGCACCGGCGUUGGAGGACCUGCUCCCACAACUCUCCCGUGAGGAGCAGCUACGAGUGCAAGACUAUUUGCGCCAGCACCAGCGUGUCCACAAGGACUUUCGUAUUUCACGGCACUCUGAAGGGGAGCGCGACUUCAUCAUCAUUCGCCAUGUCCGCUACGCUCUCCACCAUUACAAUGCCAAACACCCAGGUGAAGAGUUUGAUGCUGUGAAGCCUCUGAUGGAAGCCAGUGCGUUUUUCAGGGGCCAGAUGUGGUAUCACAUCAAUUUCUGGGCUCGCUGCCGCAAGACCAAAAAGAUCAAGCGCUUCUUUGCUGAGGUGCACUACAAGGCACCCUUCAGCAGCUUCGUCCUGCCACCACCAAUUCCAGGAGCUGAGAAGCCACUCAGCAGCAGCAACUCUGUCUGCUCGGACCUGCCACCACCAGUCCCAGGAUAUGAGAAGCCACCCAGCAGUAGCAGCUCUGUCUGCUCGGACCUGCCACCUCCAGUUCCAGGAGCACCCAGCAGCAGCAGCAGCUCCGUCUGCUCGCACCUGUCACAUUCUGUUCCAGCAGCACCCAGCUGCAGCUCCUUCUUUCCAGUCUUUAUUCCCAUCGUUGAAGCAUGCACCAUCAUCGAAGAGCCUCUUGGCCGGCAUUGGAAGAGCUGCGCAUUCUGUCGUGGUCACUUAGACAUUUUGCACCCAAAGGGUCGCAAGUUUGUUUGUGGAAAUGACAAGGACAGGGCGGUACAACGAAUCAAGCCCUGCAGGUCUCCUAUGGGGCUGAAGAUGCCAUUCACUUGCCACCUGGGCAGGGAUUCUAACAACUAGAUGACCCGUUGCACCAAAGGCACAAUUGUCUAAAGCAAGACUAUAGUCAAGUCAUAAGUUUUAUUCAUGUUUAUGUCCACAAGUAUACUGGAACCACGCCAGAAUUUGUUUCAUCAUGAAAGAAUUUCUUCAUAACACUAAAUUGUAUCAAAUGGUUUAUGAGUGUAGAGGGUUUUUUACUGGAUUUAAA